AUGUCCGACCACGUCGAGGAUCAGGACUGCGACGCUGGGGACACAGAGCUGCCCAUCAUACCUCCCAUCAUCUUCUCCCUCAUCAGAGACAAACCGUCGCGCUCGACCCUCGGAUGGAUUCGGAUCACGCAUGUUUGUCGAUCCUGGCGUGAAAUUGCCAUUGGCAGUCCCAUUCUGUGGACCGCCACCCCUUUUCAGCUCGGAAAGUAUUGGAUGGAGGAAUUUCUUCGUCGCUCAGAGCCGGUUCCUGCAAAAAUCUACUGGUCACCCACUGUCAGCUCGCUGCCCCUCUCCGAAAUCCCCAUUGCCAGUAUCCAAGCUCGUCUAAGUAGCCUCAGCAUCGGUGUCACUACCAGUAAGGAAGCACUGAAAAGAUUACUUCAAGGGUUUCCCACGUCCGUGCCCGUGUUGGAAGAACUACGCAUCGCCUAUUUGAACCGUUCGGGCACGAUACAUCACUCCACUGUUCCUGCUUGGAUGACACCGAGAGACGCAGCCGCGAAUAGUGUGAUACUCACUUCCCUUCUCAACGUCCUCCAGGCCACCCCGGUUCUUCAGUCGCUUGAGAUCCGUAACCAGCUCCCAUCCACUGGAAAUGUCAACGACCCUGUCAUUCCGCCCCUACGACGACUCGUCCCGUUGAACAGUUUGUGCACACUCGUCAUUCGAGGGGGGCUGUCAUGUCUUGUUGGCCGGCUGAUACAAAGCCUUUACAUCCCGUUGCUCGCCAACGGCGAUUUUGAGGCCACUUACAGGCACAACCACGAUUUUCAGGUUUAUUGGCUAUACGACGAACGCACAGAAGAGAGCCUACAAGUUUAUUGA